UGUGCCCCUAAGCACCUAAGCUUAGUAGAAAGACUGCCAGCCUUCCAGUCUCUGGCCAUGGUCUGCCCCAGGUGCCUGGUCCUCCUUCUGAUGGGAGUCUUCCUAGCAGUGUCCCAGCCAGUUCUGGCUCAACCAGAUGCACUGCUGGUCUUCCCAGGCCAAGUGGCUCAGCUCUCCUGCACGCUCAUCCCCCCACAUACCACCAUUGGGGACUACGGUGUAUCCUGGUACCAGCAGCGGGCAGGCAGUGCCCCCCGUUACCUUCUCUACUACCGCUCAGAGGAGGACCACCACCGGCCUGCUGACAUUCCUGACCGAUUCUCAGCUGCCAAGGACAUAGCUCACAAUGCCUGUAUUCUAACCAUCAGCCCUGUGCAGCCUGAGGAUGAUGCGGAUUACUACUGCUCUGUUGGCUACGGCUUUGGUCCUUAGGGGUGGGGUACGGAGUGAAUUUCUCCUGCCUGCCUACCACUUCUGCCCCUGACCUUUGGAACCUCUCUUUCUCUGAGCCUUCCUCUGUAAAACGGGCUAAUAACAUUCAACAUGUCAAUAACAGCCAUGAAAUCCUGGCUGAAAAAGUGAUUGUGA